AUGGCUGUAAUCUGGGGUCUAGACCUUAAAGAAAUCCAAUGGGGGAAAUUCAAGAGCGCAAACAUGUUCGACAAGCAAUAUCAUUUGCGAACAACCAAGAUGAUCGUAUACCAAAUCGCUAUGAUUCUGAUGGUCAUUUCGGAAUCAGUAGGGACCGCUGCUCUCUCUGAUUAUGUUGAUCAACAAGAUGGAAUCUCAACUCGCAAUGGUGGAAUAGUAGUUCAAAACAACAACAUCAUCGGCACCUUCUCAUUCAACAUCUUCGUCGGUAUUGCGGUAGCCACAAUCUUCGGAUCCGGAUUCUUCUUCGAUUUAUUCUGGCCUGAGAGAGUCGAGUCACCAGGUGUUCGAUUGGCAUGGAAAAUCAGCGCGGUCGUUGUCUCGUUCAUGGCACUUGCAGAUCAAAUUGCAAGCACUGUAAUUGUAGCCAGAUACCGCGCCCACAUCCGCGGUCUCACAGACGCCCAAGCUGAGCCCUUCUUCCGCCAAAACGGCCCCCCAAAUCCCAUCUACAGACAUAACGCCGAGUGCGUAGCAUCCGUGGUGGUCGGGUGGCCCGGUGUUAUCGCCUCCUUUGCAUCCGCUUACAUCAUGUGGAAAUCCAUCAACCACGACGAGAAAUUCGGGCCUAAAUCUUCCAAAUACGUGACUAACGGUGGCGAAGCUGGUAUGGUAGAAAACGGAACCGCGAUGACUGGAGAUGUGGGUGAACGAGUCGUCGCACCGGACGUUACGGCUUGA